UAUUCAUACAUUUACAGCAGUCAACGAAGCAAGACACGAUGUACAAAUCACCGCAAGUGUUCGCCGCUGCCCUGUUAGUUUUGGGCUUGUCGUCAGCGGUCGUCUAUGGCGUCAUCUACGACCGACCCUGCCGAACGGAGAUCUCGGUUGUGCAGAACUUCUGCCUAGACCGGUACCUGGGCAAGUGGUACGAAUUGCAGCGCUACGAGCAGCCCUUCCAGAUCAAGGUUGACUGCACCACUGCCAACUACGGCCUGCUUGAUCCGGCCACGGUGUCCGUCCGGAACUCGGCCUUCAGUCUGAUCAACGAAACCUCUUCCGAGGCCAUCGGAACCGCCGUGCUGUCCUUUCCCGAGCAGGAGAUCGUCCAGGCCAAGCUGAACGUGUCGUUCUUUGGAGCACCCAACGAUCGGUCCAACUACUGGGUGAUCGAUACGGACUACGAGAACUUUGCGAUCGUGUGGUCCUGCGAGCCGCUGCCCCAGGACCGGUCCAGCGAAGGAUUUUGGUUCCUGUCGAGGGAGCGCAAGUUCACCGACGACAAGGAUGCCAACGAGCGGGCGUUCGGUGCGAUUCGGAAGUACAUCGAUCAGAACGAGAUCCGGUUCACGAACCAGGCGGACGAGCGGUGUCCGGAUUUCUAGACGGAGCGUGUGUGAUUUUAAGAUUGUGUUUAUUUAUUUGUGAAACCUUUUGACAUUAUGGUGCUA